UCAUGGUGGCUGCCACACCCAUCAUGGCGGCUGUCACACCCAUCAUGGCAGCUGCCACACCCAUCAUGGCGGCCGCCACACCCAUCAUGGCAGCUGACACACCCAUCAUGGCGGCUGCCACACCCAUCAUGGCGGCUGCCACACCCAUCAUGGCGGCUGCCACACCCAUCAUGGCGGCUGCCACACCCAUCAUGGUGGCUGCCACACCCAUCAUGGCGGGCUGCCACACCCAUCAUGGCGGCCGCCACACCCAUCAUGGCGGCUGCCACACCCAUCAUGGCGGCUGUAACAGCCAUCAUAGCGGCCGCCACUCCCAUCAUGGCGCCGCCACACCCAUCAUGGCGGCCGCCGCUCCCAUCAUGGCGGCUGCCACACCCAUCAUGGCGGCCGCCACACCCAUCAUGGCGGCUGCCACACCCAUCAUGGCGGCCGCCACACCCAUCAUGGCGGCUGCCACACCCAUCAUGGCGGCCGUUCCUGGACGCUGAAGGAGCACUCGGGGCCUGUGUGGGGUCAGCGCCUUUUAUUGGGGACAAAAAGUGA